CCCAGUCUGGCCCUGACAAGUCCAAAGGAAGUGAUUUUCUAUCGGACAAAAAUCGGGAAAAAAAUUCCAAAUUCAACGUAAGCGAUCUAACCAGCCUGGGCAUUUUAUCAAGAUGGACAGUCCCUUGCUUUCAGGACUCGGAGGAGCAUUGAUCAAGCACCCAGAGAUUGCCGACAGCCUGAGCGAACUGGAGACCAGGACCGAUGAGCUGCUAAUCGAUGCGGAAAAAGUGGAUGAGGACUUGGCCAAUUGUCGCAAGUUCCGUGAGGAACAGCUGCUUAAGUAUCUUUCGGAAACCAAUAGCGACGAGGAGCAGAUGCAGAUGCUGCGGGACAAUAUAGAGCUGAAGGAGACCGCCGACGAGUUCUACCAGGGCAUCGAGCUGAUCAUGGAUAAGUACCGGGAGCACAGCGAGGGCGACAUGUUCAUCGAUAGCUACCAGCUGAAGGAGCGCUACUUGGCCGGACUGGCGAAGGUGGUGCGUGAGCAAGAUGCCCUCGAGAACAUGCUGGAGCUGAUGAAGCUGACCGCCGAUCUGGAGGAACGCUGCAGUGACGAGAACCAGCACAUCAUCAGUCAGCUGACCGGGGAGAAUGAGAAGAUGCGCCGCCAGCUGCAGAUCAGUAACUCCGAUGAGGUUUUCCGCCAGGGUAACCUGGACUCUAGCGAAAGUAGCACCCAGUUUGAGCGUGAUUCUACAGAUCCCGAUGCCUCGGGGGGGAAUAGCAUCUCCAGCCUGGAGAGCUUCUUAUCCUGCCUGUCGCCGAGUAAUAUGGAUGGUAAUGAUGAUGAUGGCUCCACAUCCAGCUCGCUAGUGAGUCAACUGGAGGUCAGCCGCUUCAUAGAGGAGGCCCUGGCCGAGAAUUCCGAGGAUUCCGCUUCCAGCCAGACGGAUCAGGCGACUUAAUACCCUCAUACCUCUUGCUGCCCCACUAUACACACAAUACUGGCUGUUUGCGUUGAUUUAAUUGGACUUGACUUAACUUUGGGCCCUCAACUUUGAAAUUAAUUAUAGUUCGGGAUGGAAACUCGAUCGUUGUUUAGAUGUUUCUGAUGAAGUCUAUAAACUAUUUCCAUCCCGAAAUAUAAUUUUAUUCGAGGCUACACUAAUCUAUACACUACUUGCUGUCUGUUACCUGUUGCUGUUUUUAAACAUUGUCACUUUCAUAUAAAUAAUUAUAUACCAUUUU